CAGAAAAAAGAAAAAAAAAAAACAAACAAACAAACAUAGCUGUGUUCUAUGUUUUGGCGAAACAUAAAUUAAUAAAUAACCAAAUUGCAUCUCAGAUUUCCAACAAUCCCACCUCGAAUUUUGCCCAGUUCCUUAUUUACCGGAACUUUUACGACAAUCUCUGAAAUCUUCCUGUGCAUUUCCAUUCUCUUUCUCUUCAGGGCGGUGGUGGCCGAGACGCCGGUGCCGGAAACAACCGUGUUGGGUGGUUCCGACGCUCGAAGAUGCAGUGGCCACAGCCCGUUGAGUAUUAUACAAAGCAUCGGUACGAUGAUCACUCCGUCGUGUGUUACAAUAGCAAUAUAACUCACGAGGGUUCUCUAUGGCGGGCUGAGAAUCCCGUGGCUUCAACUCUCCCUGUCUUCGCUCUCCAACUUUGCUUAAUUAUUUUCUUCUCUCGUGUUCUCAUCUUUAUUCUGAAACCUCUGCGCCAGCCUCCCAUUGUCGCUGAGAUUCUUGCUGGGGUGCUGCUGGGGCCGUCGGUAUUGGGGUUGAAUGAUUUCUUUGUUAAAUAUAUAUUUGCUUUGAAGAGCUUGUUGGCGUUGGAAACUGUGGCGAAUUUGAGUCUGGUUUAUUACAUAUUUCUGGUUGGUCUCGAGCUGGACAUGGCCCCAAUUGUUCGGGCGGGAGGGAAAUCCAUAAGCAUUGCUUUGCUUGGUCUUAUUCUUCCAAUUCCUGUUGGGAUUGGCUUGCAUCACCUUAUCAAUAGUAACCAUAACAAACCAAAGAUGGGAGAGGCUGCUGCCCACGGUCCUCUGUUUUGGGGGAUUUCCUUGGCUGCCACCAACUUCCCCGACCUGUCGCGGAUCCUUUCAGAUGUCAAGCUUCUGCAUUCCGAGAUUGGAAGAACUGCUUUAUCUGCCGCCGUUAUCACGGACCUCUGCUCUUGGUUGCUUCUUGUGAUCACCAUGUCAAUAAGCAAUGCAGGCAAAUACUAUGCAGUGUCCUCCACAUUUGUGUUUGUCUGUACGUGCCUUUUCCUCCUCCGCCCUGCUCUAAAGUGGCUCAUUCGCGUCAGCAGCAAGGAUGGGAACUACAAUGAGUUCCACAUCUGCUUUGUGAUGACCGGCGUCGUGGCGUGUGGUUUGAUUACCGACGCGUGUGGGUCGCAUUCAAUUGUCGGGGCGUUCAUGUGGGGAGUUAUCAUGCCCAAGGGUGAGCUGAAGGACAUGAUCAUGGGGAAGGUGGAGGAUUUGGUUAAAUCAAUUCUGAUGCCUACGUUUUUCUUGGUGACUGGCCUCAGAGUGGAUUGGAGUAGCAUUUCUAAAGACUCGGAUUGGGGUUUGGUGGUGUUGAUCAUCUUCUUGGCUGCCUCAGCCAAGAUUGUCAGCACUUUCCUUGUGGCUAUCUUCUGCAACAUGCCGCCGCGUGAGGGCUUGACUCUCGGUUCGCUAAUGAAUACCAAAGGCUUACUCGCGUUGAUAAUUAUAAGUGCAGGACGUGAUAUGCAGGCUUUGGGUCCUGCCACUUUCACAGUGAUGCUCAUGUCUUUCUGGGUAAUGACGGCUCUAAUUGGACCAACAUUGGCUUUUACCUACAAAUCAAUCAAGACUUCGAGGAAAAAUAGGUACAGAACCAUUCAGAGCAUCAAACCAGAGGCAGAGUUCCGAGUGGUUGCCUGUGUCCACUCCACCCGCAAUGUCUAUGGCCUCAUCCAUCUACUCGGAGCUUCCAACCCCACCAAGCAAUCGCCGCUCUUAGUCUUCGCCAUCCACCUAGUUGAGCUCGCUGGUCGGGCCACCGCGAUGCUCAUUGUCCAUGGCCAAUGCAAAGCCAGCUCUGCCAAAGCCAAGGUCCAGACGGAUCACAUCAUCAAUGCUUUUGACAAGUUCGAGAGCGAGCACAAUGGUGUAACCAUCCACUCCCUCACAGCGGUGUCGCCCUACGCCACAAUGCACGACGACAUCUGCGGUAUUGCAGCGGAGAAGCGUGUUCACUUGAUCCUCGUCCCAUUUCACAAGCAACCCACCCUCGACGGCGGAUUGGAAGAUGGCAACCCCUCAAUUGGGAUUGUCAACAACAAUGUGAUGGCCAAUGCCCCCUGUUCUGUCGCGGUCCUUGUCGAUCGUGGCCUCUCUGCCUCCGGCCCCACAGACUCCCAUCGUUCCAAUCGCCUGCAACAACGCUUCGCUCUGUUCUUCAUCGGCGGCCCCGAUGACAGAGAAGCUCUAGCUUAUGCGUGGCGGAUGUCAGAGAAUCCAGGCAUCUUAGUAACAGUCGUGAGAUUCCUCCCCGGCGACGAAGUCAAAGAGAUGACAAUAACAGACUUCCCAGGAGAAGAAAACGUGGAGAUUCUUACAGCCUUAGCCGGAGCAGAGAAGGAGAAGGUGAUCGACAACGAGUUUAUACAGAACUUCCUGUCUGAAAUCUCGAGCAACCCAUCCAUAAGGUACGCAGAGGUAUUAGUGAACAAUGGGGAUGAAACGUUGAAGGCAAUAAGCACAAUGGAAAACGAGUUCACUCUGUACAUUGUGGGGAGAGGGAGAGGGAUGGUGUCGCCGCUGGUGUCGGGGCUAUCGGAGUGGAGUGACUCACCGGAGCUGGGAGUGCUGGGGGAUGCAUUGGUGACGUCGAGUUUCGCGACGAAUGUGUCGCUGCUGGUGGUGCAGCAGGGGGAUGUGGAUGCAGGGGAGGACAGGGGAGAGAAGUUUAACGAAGGGGGGGUUUUGGCAGAUCAAUUUGGAGGGCAGGGGGCAUGGCAGUCGCCGAUGAAGAAGAACGUCAAUGGAGAUUUUGAUCUUUUUGUGAACCAAAACCAGAACCAGAAUGGUGAAGGUGAGGAGAAAGAUGAAGAGAAGGGGCAACAAGGCCAUUUUCAGGUAAAUGACACCAAUCUUCAUCCAACUAAAUUGUGA